GGGGUGUUACCACCUCCAUCUGAAUGUGGUUCUGGAAUGUGUAAGCUGAUGCUCCAGCAAGAAUUGGAUCAGGUUUCAAGCACCUUAUUUGUAAAGCAGGCUGGGAGUUUGUCACAAACUCAAAAGCAACAUUUUUUGUGAAUGACAUAGCACUGUGCUUCCUGCACUACUAUUCCAACAAACAAAAAGCCACGCAGCUCCCCCUUUUUUCAUACUUAGUUAUCCUGCAAAUAGCCAUUGUCUCCUUGACAACUUCUUUCCUACAGCUGUUUCAAACAACAGUUAAGGUUUUGGCACAGUAGGUUUGGGCUUGUGAGGUAGCAGCAGCAGAAGGGAGAUGAUAGGAUACAGCCAGUCCAGAUAUUGCCGAUUGAACAGAAGCAAAUCCUGCCUGAAAGUAGUGGGGGGACUUGGAACACCUUGCAUCCAGAGCAGCAGCGAUCCUGUGGGCAUGUACCGGGAGGUUUUAUGUAACAGCUGAUACCUUUUUGAGUACAUUAAUAUAUAAAUCAAUUGAGAAGCAUACUUAGCAUUUUAAUUAAUUCGAUUUUAAGGUUAGCAUUCUCCUGAGAUGAGUACUUGUUGGAGACGGUGCAAAAAAGUCAGGGGGUGGCUGUUUAUUUGCAAGGUUUUAAUUGAAUUUGAUUGUGGCUAUUAAGGUUAAAAAAUUACUAAGAACUUAGGUUCUGAGGCACGCUGACUGGACAGGGAAGAGAAUCUGAAGAAAUAGUUGCUAUGAUGGACAAAUUUUUCAGUGCAUUUAUGCUAACAGAGGUCUGUGUGGUUUGUUUAUUGCUGUAGGCAAGAACCUAGAAUCACAUGUAGCAGGUCUUACACACUAACACAUUGCAUGGGAAAACUCUGUCCUUUAGUGUGCUAAAGUCAUAGGCUGGACUGAUCUGCCAACAUCCCAUGUUCUUUCAUUUGUGGAUGUGACAGCGGUUUUUCUCCAGGUGUUCUCAUCAAGGGACCUCUCCCAUAUCAUUCCAGGAGGCAAAUGGCCAUAUUCUCUUCCUCUAAAACUGUCUAAUAUUCAAAAUAGCACUAGAAAAUCUUUUCAUUUAUUAUUCUCGUGACUGUAUCAUCUCUACCUGCAGUUGCAUUUUUAUUUAUUUUGUAUGGAAAAAGCUUUGUCCUUGUCGCUUACCCAAGGCAUCUGUUCAGAGAUUCAAAUGGGUUACUGUGUGGAGAGCCUGCAUUUCAUUUACAGAACGGGCUGAGGAUAUAUCCAGGGAGCAAAAGCUUCGGAAUUUCUGUAGCAUUAUGAGGUGAUUGAUAGAAAUGAGGAAUACUGACUAGGUGCUGUGAUGUCUCACUGGAGCUGUAGUUCAGGUGCCUCACCGCCCCCUCUCAAACCUGCUGUUAGCUCAGUCUGUGAGAGAAUGAGUUGGCUGAGAUAGUUUUUGUGAUGUGACAGUGCUUUAGUUACUUUAGUAAUAUUUUGGGGUUGUGUCAAAAGAUUUGAGGUGGCUUUUUUAAUGCAAUAUUUUAAUAUGCAGCCUCUGGAGAAAAACAGAUGGCUUUCUGCCCCCCCAAAAAUAAAUAAAUAAAAUAAAAAGAAAGGCCUUUGUCAACUAUCUCUUCCCUUCUCCCCAGUUUCAAAAACAAGUGCUUUUUCAACAAUUUUAAUUACCAGCCACAGCAGAAAACAAAGGUGUACAUAUGCAUCCAGUUAACUUACUUAUUUUCUAGGUCAACUUCAGUUGCAGACUCUGAACUGACUUGUACAGUCAGACGUGUCUAGAACAGUAGCAGAAUUGUAUUCAUGUUUUUUUCCUAUAAGGUGCUGCCCUAACUGUUACUGUAUGGACUCUUGCUCAGUAGCAUGGGAGAAGAGGAAGGACUCCAUCAAGCACAAUUACUGAGGUUAAGCAUGCCAGUAGAAACUCAGGAGGAGCGAGGAGAAACUGCCUCUCCAGUAGGUGAAAUACAGCUGUUGAGAUGGUCGCCUCUGUGCGAAGCAGCGGCUCCUGACUUCCAUCAAGUUUGGCAUUUAAUGGGAACCAGGAGCUGGGAGCCCGUGCCUCUCUCGGGUGCCUCUCUGCGAAGCCAUGACUCAUGGACCUGCUCACUCCUGGUUCCUGAGUGUCGUCUUUGGGACCCUGUCCAUGUGUUCCUGACCCCUGUUGUACCACAAUGGCCAUUCUAUAACCUGGACACAAUGUUUAUGCGAGGACUAAAAAGAAAAUGUUUUGAUGGCGAAGAAGAUAUUGAAGGAACUCUGGCUGGUAUUAAGGCUAUUCCUUCAUAUAAUCUUCAGCGACAGUCACUGUUAGACAUGUCCUUGGUUAAACUUCAGCUGUGUCACAUGCUGGUCGAACCUAACCUUUGUCGUUCGGUACUUAUAGCCAACACGGUACGCCAGAUCCAAGAGGAAAUGACCCAAGAUGGGACUUGGCAGAUGAUAAAUAUGCAGAAUACAGGCCAGGCAUCCGUGGAUCGUCUUGUUUCAACAGAUAUCCUCUGUCGCUCAUCUAGGGAGCAAGCUGAGGGAAAGCAUGUUCCAGGUUACAGUACUUUCAGUAAAGACUUUGAGGGUGACCAGGCACAAGAUAGUUCAGAAACUAUGUCAACAGCUUCUUCAGUGCAAGCUCUAAGAAACCUGCAAAGUAAUGUGUGGGAAAUGGAGAAUUCACAAGAAAAUAAAGGAAAUUUUCAAAAAUCGCUAGAUCAAAUAUUUGAGACGCUGGAGAACAAAAGUCCUAAUUCAGUUGAAGACCUGUUUUCAGAAGUUGACAAUUCUUACUAUGAUCUUGAUACUAUGUUAACAGGCAUGAUGAGCAACACAAAAAUGGGACACUGUGAUGGGCUAGAACCGUUUCCCUCUCCAACAACUACAACUUCUAGCUCUAAUUGUAAAUCUGAUCUUAACGAGCUUGAUCAUAUUGUAGAAAUCCUUGUUGAAUCCUGAAACUCCUUGUGUAGGAGAUAAAGAUCUGUUAAUGGAAGAAAAAGACUCAAGAAAGCUAUUUCCACAGGUUGUUCUAUCAAAUCUGCACAUGUAUUUUACAAAUAUCUAUAUAUUAUAUAGAUAUAUAUAUUAAAAAAGCACUUCAUAUUGCAAAAUAGUGUUAACUCCUGAAGUUAACCUGCAACUUGUAGUGUAAUGAUCCAAUCUCUUGUCCACUGAACUGUAAGUACAUACGGUAAAUGUUUUUAAGUAUGUGGUCCAAGGCUUUCAAAUUUGGGUUACUUCUACAAAUUUGUUCUAGCCUUUGACAGAGGAUAUGCUUAGUGAGAAGGAUUCUCUCAUCCUUCUUUUUUUUUUUUUUUUUUUAAUCAUUCUCCCACUGAAAAUUGUAACAAACACAGUGAGAAGUUGGAUAACUGGCUUCUCAUUUUCCUCCAGUUUCCACUCUGCUACACCACAUAACUCCUAUAAUAUUUGCUGCUUCUGUUCUAAGUCGCUACAUGGCUCUUAAAGAGCAGUAUGCAAUAGUUCCCAUUAUUCUAGCUAGCUUCUUCUGGUUCUUGCUACAUUUUUUUACUUUAAAGAUAGUUUUAAAGUGUUUAUUGGUGUUUAGAAUUUUCCAGGUAUUUUCCUAAAAUAUAUUUUUACUACAGAUGUUGUGUCAGCUGCUAACUUAGCAACUUUUGAUCAUAUCUGCAGUUGAUGUAUUUUUUGAAAGGUUUUCAAAAAGGGAUGUUUUUUUUUUUUACUGUGAGCUACCCGAUGUAGUUCAGUAAAGUGUAUGUAAAUGUAAAUAUACAAUUUUAUACUUUACAUUAAAAUGUAAGAGCUGUUUUCAUGAUUCCGUUUUAUAGAGUAGUACUUUACUAAAUUGAGAAUUGUACUAUUAUGCUUUUUAUACCCCAUAUACUUGGUUGUUGUUAGAGGAAGAGCUCUGAUCCAACUAGAGACAAUAACAUUUAAUUCAUUUCAGACCGCAUUUUUUCUUAACUACAAACCUAAAUUACGUAGGAUUUUAUUUAUGUGUAUUUAUAUGUAAAUGUCAUCAAGUGAAUUGUUUGUCACUGAAAUCUACCAUCAAAUAUUUGUUUAUAUGGGUUAACUAUCUUGCACUAAUUACUACAAAAAGUGUUACUAGUGGCCUUUAAAUCUCAACUGGUAUGUCUUCAUCUCUUGUCAUGAUUAGUAUGCUCCACUCUUACAUGAGUUUCCUCUUGCUUUUUUUUUUAUUUUUAAUAACAAAAGAUAAUAUAACAUG